AUGACCUACCGCACCUUCUGCACGUCGCACCAACUCCUCGACGAGCUCAUCGAGCGGUACCUCAUGCGCGAGCCAGAGGAGCUGUCGGGCGAGGAGUACAAGGACUGGGACCUCAAGAAGCUCAGGCCCGUUCGCGCUCGCGUCACCAAUCUACUCAAGGCGUGGGUGCGCGAGUACAUGGACAACGAGGACCUCGACCGCGAGCUGCUGCGUCGCAUCCGCGAGUUUGCGCUCUCGACCAUGACCGAGAAAGGCCAGUCGCUCCAGAUCUGCAAGAGCGUCGACGAGCGAAUGCAAGGCGCUGCUCGUCGUCCCGUCGGCAACCUCGCGCCCGGUCCGCUUCCUCCGCCAAUCCUGCCGCGCAACCUCAAGAAGCUCAAGUUCAACGACAUCGAGCCGCUCGAGCUCGCGCGCCAGCUCACGAUCAUGGACGGUCGCCUCUUCCAGCGCAUCACGGCGCAAGAGUGCCUCGGCAAGGCGUGGCCCAAGCAGUUCGGCAACGACGCGCCCAACAUCUCGGCCAUGAUCGACAUGUCGAACGCUAUCACUCGGUGGGUCAUCGAGACGAUCCUGUCGCAGGUCGACCUCAAGAAGCGCGCCUCGAUCAUCAAGCACUAUGUCGCCCUCGCCGAGCGUUGCCUGUCGCUCAACAACUUCUCGACCUUGAUCCACAUCAUCGCCGGGCUCAACUCGACGCCGAUCCAUCGCCUGCGCCGCACCUGGGAGGCCGUCAGCCAAAAGGCCAUGAUCACGCUCGGCGCGCUCAACAACAUCAUGCGGCCCGACAAGAACUACAAGGAGUACCGCGACAUCCUGCGCAAGUCGGCGCCGCCCUGCGUCCCUUUCCUCGGCGUCUACCUCACCGACUGGACGUUCAUCGGCGACGGCAACGCCGACGUGCUGCGCGAGAAGCCGCACCAGAUCAACUUCCACAAGCGCCAGAAGGCGAGCGAGCUCAUCCUCAUGAUCAAGCUCCACCAAGCGACGACCUACAACCUCCAGGCCGUGCCGCCCAUCGCCAAGUUCCUCCAGGACAAACUCUUCCCGCAGCACCUCGCCGAUCCCGAGGCCGAGGACCAACGCCUGUACGAGAUCUCGCUCGCGCUCGAGCCGCGAGAACGCGACGACGUGCGUCUACUCUCUCCCUUCUUCCAGCCUCUCUUCCCUUACUGA